UGAAUCGAUCGGCUUGAACUGUUUCACUAUGUCCUUGCUCGCAUUACCCGAGGAACUUUUCAUCGAAAUCAUCGAGCUUGUGGUUCAUGGAAUCGGCCCCGCGUUGGGUGUGGGGCUGAGGCUCGUGUGCCGUACGACUGCCUACUUGCAAUUGUCGCUUCUGAGACUGAGUACUGCCAGGGCAAUUCGACAAGAUCGUUGAGGAUGUCGUGUUGAGAUUACCAAGUAGCCUUCUAGCACAACAAAACCUUAGCAAGAAUGUACUCACCAAGGUUUUGUACGCAAAAACGAGAAUCGAGAAUUCCAAGAGUCCACUUUGCCGCACUAUCAGAGACACGGUCAGCUACAUCGGCCACAGUGGCACUAAUAGUGCAUUGAAAGAUGUAUGCAUGAAAGCACUUGUCAAAGCAGCCAUUCGGUUCAUGUUUGCCUGGGAUAUUUUCAACAAUCUCAUAUCUGAUGAAUCGCGGUAUAGGGGAUGUAUGAAAAGCAAUGCUCUCAUUGCGGCAAUAGUAGCGGACGAACCAAACAUGAUCGAAGAAAGUCUUCAAAGGACAGGCAUUGACACGGUCAUUCGAACUAGGUACUUUGGUGAUCCCCUUACCGCAGCUGCUGUGUUUGGUACCUCCGAAACCGUACAGCUUGUAUUGCGUCAUCAAAAGACUUCAGGCAAUAAACGAUUCCGCCACCUCCGUGACAUUCACGCUUUGGAAGCGGCUGCUGAGGCUGGACGAACUGAAAUCAUUCAGACCUUACUGGACGCCAUAGAAUUUGAGCCAUCAGACUUUGAGCGUGCGAUACUUGCCGCUGUCAGAUCCAUGGAAGAGUCGGUUGCCAUGUUUCUGAUUGAUCGACGUCCUACUUAUCCUCAGUUGGACCGAGAAACUAGGUUUUGGCUUAGUAUUGCGCGGACAGUGGCAGAAUCCGGUUGUGAGAUCAUUCUGGAAAAUAUCAUGAGUGCGCUCAUACAUAGCCUGAAGGACGAUGACUUUGCACUGGUGAUCGAAGAUGCAUGCCGAUAUGGUCACAAAGAUAUGACCUGCCUAUUACUAUCAGCGUUUCCCGCUAAAACGCCUGACGUUCUUACUGGCAGUCUGUUCUGGGCAGGAUAUCUGGGAGAUAUUGGAUUGGUCGACGUUCUCCUAAAUCAUCUCAACUGGGACUUGAAUGCGCAGCUUAAAGUUUUGGCUGGCACGGUUUCUGGAAGUCAACUUGAAACCACUGAUUUUGCUUCAAGGGAGGCUGGUAGUGGGGCUAGGUUGAGAACAUUCACUGACGUCGUCCACUACCUGUUGCCAGACCUUCCAUCUCCAAUCUCAUACCGCGCUGUCAUGGCAACGCAGGAGUAUCCCUCACAGCCCUCGACAGGAAGAGUACAGGUUCCACAAGAGGCUGUCUCGUUGCAAAAAGCAAUCUUAGAUGGAAACUUGAAAGAGGCUGUCACCAUCUUCUGCACCUACGGGAACAAGCAUAAACAAGACGAUCUCAGAUCAUUCUCUGGCAGUUUCAUCGCGGCGGCCCGCAAAAACCACCCUGAGAUAUUACUGUAUCUUUGCGAGAAUAGAUGGCCCCUUCUUCUGUCUGGCAGCGCAAACUCAGCCGCUAUCAUCCAAGUAUUCACUGAUCGGGGAUGGAAUGUCAACGAUGCGGAUCCAUCAGUGCAUUGCUCACGCUUUGGGGACUAUGUGGGAGAUGAGCAUCUCACAAGGUGGCUUUUGCGUCGCGGUGCCGAUCCAAAUUCCAGGGGCGAUAUGGAUAUCAGUGCAAUAUCCGUGGCAGUACAACGAACUCCAUCUUUACCCUUAUUAAAACUGCUGUUGGAGAAAGGAGGACGCGUUGACAAAGGCCAAUUGCUCCACUUUACCGUUCAACGUAGACAAGACGAUACUCUCGAAGUCAUUGAACUACUCCUGGAUCUUGAUUGUCCUAUGGAUACUAUCAUGUUCGAUGAUGACCCACAGUCUAGGCUGUUGUGGGGCUCAGGCGGAUUAGAGACGCCGCUACAUAUUGCGGUCCGGCAUAAUAAGGUUGAUAUCGCAUCCUUUCUUCUUGAACGUGGAGCAGACGCAACAGUAAAACCACGUGGGGGGCGGACUGCACUUGAAAUGGCCAAGAGUACUCGUAAUGAUAAUAUGAUCAGUCUACUCAGUAAAUAUAAAUUAGGGUAGUAGGCUACGCUUUUUACACCCAC